AUGGAGAUGAAUGUUCCGAGCCUGCGGGCGGAGUCUUUGGUCUCCUCUGAUCCGGUCACAGGGAGGCCUCCCAUCGUCCUGGUGCCCGGCGACUUCAUCAAGACUUACGAGGCAGGUGGUCCUGGGCACCGGCGGUUCGAUGCCUUGGUCACCUGCUUCUUCAUCGACACGCCGACAGACCCUGUGAAGCUCUUCCAGGUGAUGGAUGGACUUCUCGGUGAGGGAGGCGUCUGGGUGAACAUAGGGCCGCUGAACUGGAAGAAGGAGGCCCGGCAGACGGGGUCUGAGCAAAGGACCUCUUGUUUUGGUUAG